CUGGAGAGGGUUAUAUUUGGCUAGGUCCUUCAGAUCACGCCAAACACCAAGAACAGACAACUUUUAUCGCGACAGAUGAUCGACUGAAUCAAGCUUCCUCCGUCAAUGGCGCGGGUGAUGAUUACUUCGUUCUAGCUUCAAACCAUCACCACUUUGCUUCAUCUCUUCUACUAUCAUCUGAAGACGACCAGUCCAUCCAUGUUGCUGCUCAAACAUUCGCAGAAGAUAUCUACAAGGUCACCGGUCAGCGACCUGAUCUCUACAACGAUACUUUGCCAGACGAUGUUCAUCGAGCUGUUAUUGUUGGUAGCGUGGAGAGUGAAAUUAUCCGCGGUCUCAAGACCGACUCUAAAAGAGAUCAUUUGAAGGGGAAGUGGGAAAGCUUUGAUAUUAGCUGGGAAGCCUCCCCACUCGGGGGUUUAGAGGAGGGACUUGUCAUCACUGGUUCCGAUCGACGAGGUACGAUUUAUGCGCUCUACACUCUCUCAGAACAAAUGGGUAUCUCCCCCUUCUACUUCUGGUCUGACGUUCCCAUCCCCCAUCACUCUACCAUCGCCAUCCUCAAGAAUAUGUCACUCUCUCAUGGCGAGCCCACUGUCAAGUACAGAGGUCUUUUCAUCAACGAUGAACACCCCGCUCUUUGGGGCUGGGCAGCUGAGAAGUGGAAUAGGGACCCUUGGGAGCCAGCGUUCCAGGUAGAGAUGUAUGAGCUUUGGUUCGAAAUGAUGCUAAGAUUGAAGGCAAACUAUUUUUGGCCUGCUAUGUGGGCUUCCAAGUUCUCUGUCGAUGGUCUCGACAUUACCAACGGUCUCCCCCGGCCUGCUAUUCCAGGUCCGAACCAAAUCCUUGCCAACAAGAUGGGCAUCGUUAUGGGAACUUCACAUCAUGAACCCAUGUCCCGUAAUAAGCCUGAAUGGGAUGUGUUUGGUAAAGGUCCUUGGGACUGGACAAAUAAAGAUGUCCUAAAAGAUUUUUGGCGGUACGGGGCUGAGAGAGCUAAGGGCGUCGAAACUCUUUUCACGAUGGGGAUGAGAGGAGAUGGAGAUGAGCCUCUGACUGAUGCUAGCAAUGAGUUGGUCCAGAACAUCACUAAGGUCCAGCAGGAUAUCUUGAAAGAGGUUUAUGAUACGGACGAUCUGGAGGGAAGUGGUGUGAGCCAGAUGUGGUGCAUGUACAAGGAGGUUGCUGGAUAUUACAAAAACGGACUCGAAGUUCCAGACGAUGUCACCGUUCUCUUUGCCGACGACAAUUACGGCAACAUCAUGUCCGUCCUCCCUCCAGAACGUCAGGGCCAUAAGGCUGGUGCUGGGAUCUAUUACCACGUUGACUACGUCGGUUUUCCCAGAGAUUACAAAUGGAUAAAUACCGUCAAUCCUGCCAAAACCUGGGACCAAAUGAACAUUGCCCGCUCUUUCAACACCACUCAAAUCUGGAUUCUUAAUAUCGGAACCUUGAAACCUCUCGAAAUGCCUACUGAAUGGUUCUUAGAUCUCGCAUGGGACUUUGAUAGGUGGGAAAGGAACAGCUGGAAGAGGUGGUUGAGAGAGUGGGCGGGGAGAGAAUUUGGAGAUGAAUGGAAAGAAGAAGUAGGGGAUAUUAUGGGGAAGUACUCUCUUUACGCGUCAAGGAAUAAAGCGGAGCUGGUUAACAGCAAAUCGUGGUCACUCUCCAACUAUCGCGAGGCUGAGCGAGUGCUUACUGAAUGGCAAGAUCUCACUACUCGUGCUGGUAUGGUAUACGACCAGUUACCCAAAGAAACCCAGCCAGCAUUCUUCCAGCUCGUGUACAUGCUUUGCGCGGCUCAAGAGAACUUGAACAAACUACACAUUGCAGUUGCCCGAUCAGAACUUUAUGCUUUCCAGGCGAAGACGGCUGCCAACGUAUUUGCACACGAGGCGAUUGAAGCAUUCUACCAGGAUGCCAACAUCACUGAGACCUUCCAUUCCUUGCUGAACCGUAAAUGGGACCACAUGUGGGACCAAACCCACAUCAACUACUACACCAACCUCGAGCCCAUCCGAGAUUCCCUUCCGCCCAUCCAUCUCGUCAAUCCCUUCCAGCCCUCCCGACCUGGUAUCCCGCUUAAAGAGCGGGACUUACCCGGCCAAAUUGGCUACGUCCGCCUCACUGUCGAGAAUUCCCUUGGCGCUUGGCCGGGAGAUAACGUCAGAAAUUGUGAGAGGGGUUACAAAUGCCCGGACCCGACACUUUUACCCAUGGAUCCAUGGGGCGAACAGAGUCGAUGGAUCGAUAUUGGUGCUGGAGGACCAAAGAACGUGAGUUGGAAGAUGGAGGUGGAUGUGGAUUGGUUGACAGUGGAGCCGAGGAAGGGGAAGACUGUGUGGGAUGGUUCGGGGGAUGAGAGGGUUUGGGUAUCGGUGGAUUGGGACAAGGUCCCAGCUAGUACAAAGGGCGAACGGGUGGAGAAAGAAGGGCAUAUUGAGUUUAGUGCUGCCGAUAGAACCAACGUCACCGUCAGUGUCCCCAUCAUCAUACCUCCUUCGCCGCCAUCCUCAUUCCGCGGCCACGUCCAGGGCGAUGGGUAUGUCGUUAUCGAAGCUGUCCACUAUACGCGAAAUACGUCGGAAGAAGGAUACGCCUUUGAGGAACUCGAAGGCUAUGGGCGUACCCUUUCUGGUCUGGAAAUGUUCCCUGUCACUACCCAAAACUUCACUCUAGGUAAAGGUCCCAAGCUCGAGUAUGAUUUUUGGACACAUGGCGAUAGCGUGGACGGAAAUGGCAAAGUGGAGAUAACUGUCCAAGUUGGCCCAACUCUGAAUUUCCUCAUCGGUGAAGAACUAGCUUUUGGACUUCAGUUAGAUGAUCUUCCACCCAGAGAAAUCCAUCCCGUGCCAAUAAAAGGCCUUGGAGAAAGCGGUUCAGAUCGAAAUUCUGGAGAAGUGGGGUCCGUACCUAAAGAUUGGAUGGAAGUGGUUAGUAGUGAGAUUAGAAAUGUGACAAUGGAGGUAACCAAGGACGACUGGGAGGCCGGGAGGCAUACUGUGACGAUCUGGGGAUUGACGACGGGUGUGGUGGUGGAGAGAAUUUGGGUGGAUAUGGGCGGGAUCAGAGAAAGGGGGUAUAGCUACCUGGGUCCGCCUGAAAGUAAGCGUGUGUGAACUAGGUUUUGUCAGUUUUAGCGAAGUGUAUAACAGGAAUACAGUUAUGGAACGCGGUGAAAUGAUUGAAUCACGGUGCAUAGAUACUAAGAAAAAGUCAGCCUUAUGAACGAUCUUUGCCCAU